AAAAAAAAAAAAAAAAUCACUCGAUCAAAAAGGUUUUGCCCUAACUUCUCACCCCUGCCAUCCCUUCCCCGCUGCCACCGACCCCAGCCCCCAUCCCUUCCCUUCCGGCCGCUCGCCGAACGCCAUCGGAAGCCCCCGCGGGGCCACAUCGAAGAUCGGGUUCUUCACUCUUCAGAAAUCAGAACCCUCCUCGUCGCCUCCUCCGCUUCCGCUUCCGCUUCCGCGUCGGAGAGCUACAAUCAAACUGAUUCUGAUUGCGCUCCGAGAGCACUGUGAAAUAUGGGAAGAGGGUCAAAGAGGCAGAGGAAAAAUGUUGCGAGAAGCUCUAUUAAAUCCAAAACCAAUGAGAGAGAGGAAGAAACUUUUAGGGAAGAAGACACUGAUGAUGAAAUAGAUGCCUUUCAUAAGCAGCGGGAUGUGGUUCCUCUUGAUGUCAAUGAUGGCAUGUCAGAGGAUGAGGAUUUGGAGGAGCCUGUUCUUGGUUUCGAGGGUUCUGAUGAUGAUGACACUGAUGAUAAAAGAAGUGAUGAUGGUGAUGAUACUGAUGAGGAUGGUGAUAGAAUUGACAGUGAUACACAUCCUAAAGGCCUUGCUGCAAAAAUUGUAAGACAGGCAAAGUAUUUGAAGCAAAAGUUUGGUGGAGGUGAUGAUGAAAUGGAUGAUCAAGAAGAAGAGGAGGAAGGAGAAAGAAAGGCUUCAUGGGGUAGAAGCAAAAGAAGCUAUUAUGAUGGUGAUAAUGUUGACUAUGAGAUUCAAUCAAGUGAUGAAGAUCUUCCCAAGGAGGAGGAAGCCGAAGUAUUAAGGAUCCAGAGGGAGAAGGCAAAAUCUCUUUCAAUGGAAGAUUUUGGCUUAGAAGAUCCUGAGCAGGACGAAAGUGACACUGACGCAGAAGAUAAAACAACCCAGGACGUGAAAAAGCGUAAGUCAAAAGGUGUAUUUGAGUUGGGUGCUUUGGAAAGUGUUGAGGAGGUAAAGAAAGAUCUCAGUACCUUGUCAAAAGAGGAGCAAAUGGAUGUUGUAUCCAGUUCUGCUCCAGAACUUCUUGGCUUGCUGUCUGAAUUAAAUGAGGCAUCCGAGCAGCUCAAAGAAGUUAAAGCUUUUUUGUGCAAGAAAGGGGAAGAAAGAGAUGACUUAGACAAAAGUAGGAAGCGCUAUUUGGAGGUUAAACAAAUCUUGCUGUUGGCAUACUGUCAAGCAAUUAGCUUUUAUCUUCUUCUCAAAACCGAGGGACACCCUGUACGAGAUCAUCCAGUAAUUGCCCGUCUGGUUGAGAUGAAGAACAUGCUAGAGAAGAUGAAGCAAAUCGAUGCUAGUAUUCCAUCAAAAGUGAAGAACAUUGUCAAUAAUGGUACAGUGAAUGGAUUCAGUAAUGUGAGUGUUGGAGACAAGUCCCUGUUCGAUACUAAACCAGAUGGAAUAGCUGAAGCAAAACUGGUGACAGGGGAAUCCAAAAAGCAAGACUCCUCAAAGGAUGAUUUAUCCAAGGGUAAUCAUAGAAGAAGUGCCGAUGAGAAGCCCAAGGACAUUCAAAUGAGCUUGCAGAGCUUGGAGAUGUUGAAAUUAAGAGCUAAUCUGGAAGCAAAAUUGAAGCAGAAGGGCCUGUACAAUAAUCUGAAGACAAAUCUAGACAAGGCAGUUAAGCACUCUCUAAAGCCAGUUAAUAGAAGUCUUGAGACGCUAGAUGAUUUUGAUGAUGAGGUGAAGCAGAUCAGAAUGGGGCAACCAAUUAAAGUCUCUCAACUGAUCGCAACUAAAAUAAGCAAACCUAAGUUUGCUUCUGGCGAUGAUGACUUACCCAAGCGAGACGACAUUGGUGAAAGGAGGAGGAAACACGAGCUACGUGUCCUUGCAAGAACAGGUACGAAGUCUUUUGAUGAUGAUGUUGAUGAUGAGGAUGUGGCAUAUGAAGAUGGAAAGCUUAAGAGAAAGCACGGGGACAUUGGUGCUGAAGUAAAAGAAGAUAAGACAGCAGAGUCGGAAGAUGAAUUCUACAAGGAGGUCAAGAGACAGCGGAUCGAAAAACUUGCAGCCAAAAAACAAUUAUAUGCAAAAACGCCCGUCAUCCCAUCAUCGGUGCAAGAUGAAGCUGAUGGUAAAAGGCAUAUCACAUAUCAGAUGGAGAAAAAUCGUGGAUUAACUCGUCCAAGGAAGAAGCUCGUGAAAAAUCCGCGGAAGAAGUACAAGAUCAAGCACCAGAAGGCAGUUAUCCGUCGGAAAGGACAAGUACGCGAUAUCAGGAAGCCUUCGGGUCCAUACGGUGGCGAAUUGUCUGGAAUCAACACGGGCGUCAGUCGUAGCAUUAGAUUCAAAAGUUGAUUGCGUCGUUUGUCGUUGUAAUAUUGCAAUGUAAUUUACAACGUGGUGCGAUGAGAUUCAUAUGUCCAUCGCACUCUCGGGCCAUGCUUUUGUAUUGAAUAUGAUUUGAUUUUGAGGUUUUCAGUUAUUUUGAUGAUAUAACUCCCAACUCUUGAGAUUCGAAGUGGCAUUAUUGGUGUUCUCAGCUGUCUA